UCGCCGUAGCUUGGCUCCACCGCGCUGCUGACUCGACAAAAAGCUGAAAGGCUCCCUUCCCUGGAGACGGAUAUAUAGCAUAUUUGUUGCGCCGCGAGACUCUCUUGGAAGGGGGAUCUGAACGACGUAGACUGAACUUACGGACGGACUCGGCGUGAUGCGGUAACAGUAUCCUUCCGUGUAGAACCGCCGUUCUUCAACCCCACCGCACAGCUCGCAAUGUCGAACGACACAAUCUCCAUCUCUCUCGCCGCUGGCGCCAUUGCUCUCGCCCUAGUGAUCAUCUCAUCUGCUGCGUCUCUACGGCUCAUAGCGCCCCGGUGGCACAGCAGGAAGGAUGGCCAGCUGCAGCGCAUCUACGAGGAUGCCGACGGCGUGGCUACGGCAGAAACGACAGCCGCCUACUCGACCACGGCGCCCAAGAUCGCUAUCGGCCUGUUGACCGUGCUCGGACUAGGCGUCUCCAUGGCUCUCGCUGUGCUCAGCACUCUAGAUCGCAGCGAGGGCUUCUUCCUCGAGAACUGGUUCAACGCGGCUGCAUGGGUGCUUAUUUCCCUCCAGGCUCUCGCCGUAGUCUAUGCAAGAGCCCCAGUGAUGACCCAUGACCUGGGCAUCUACGGCUCCAUCUCUACCUGGUUCCUCCUCGGCGGCCAGUGCACCCAAUCCGUCAUCCUGGCCCAGGUGCGCAGCGACAUUGGGCCCCUCCCCACCUUUAUCCUGCGCGUAGCCCAGCUCAUCCUCACCACCGCCGUCGCCUUCGCCAACCUCACCAUCCCGCGCCGCCCCGGCGUCUUCAUCGACGGCAACCGCCCCAUCGACGCCAUGAACACCAACUCAGCCCUGAGCAAGUACUCCUUCGAGUGGUGCAACGCCGUCCUCCGUUUCGCCGUAAAGAAGGGCACGCUCAACAUGUCCGACCUCCCGCGCCCCAACGCCGACACCCGCUCCGCCGACCUAGCAGCGUCGUGGACCCGCGCCAACUUACCGGGCAGCCUCAUGCUGCGCAUCUUUCUAACGCACAAGUGGGCCUUCGCGGGCCAGUGGGCACUAGCAUUCGUGCAGGCCUUUGGCAACAUCGCGCCGCAGUUCGUGCUGCUGCAGAUUCUGCGCGUGCUCGAGCGCCGUGGCAGCGGUGAGCCCAUCACGUCCGAGGCGUUUGUGUGGGUCGCGGCGCUGGGGGUGAUGACGGUUGCGUCGUCGUGGGUGGAGGGGUGGCUGCUCUGGCUGUCCCAGUCAGAUUUGUCGAUCCCGAUCCGGGCAGAGCUGUCGGCGCUCGUGUUUGAGAAGUCGAUGCGGAGGAAGGAUGUCAAGAGCGUGGCGAAGACGGCGGAGGGGGAGGUGGAUGAGGAGAAUAUCGAGGCCGGGGCCACGAAGGCGGAGAUUAAUGAUGAGGAUAUGGGGCAGAAGUCGAGGCAGGCGAUUGUGAACCUCAUCGGUGUCGAUGCGAAGCGCGUUGCGGACUUUGCGGCGUUCAAUUUCUUCUUCCCUGGCAGCUUCUUCGAGCUGGUCAUCUCGUUCGCGUUCCUCAUCCAGUUGAUUGGGUGGCGCUCCCUGCUCGCCGGGUUGAUGACCAUGGUUAUCAUCCUGCCCGCUAACAUUAUAUUCAGCAAACGCUACAGCGCGGCGCAGGACCGUCUGAUGAAGGCGCGCGACGCCAAGCUGGCCGUUGUCAACGAGGCCCUACAAGGCAUGAAACAGAUCAAGUGGACGGCGACGGAAAACCAGUGGGGAGCCAAGAUCAAGAAGGUUCGUGACCGCGAGCUGCGCGAUCUCUGGUCCUCGCUACUCAACGACGCGGGCCUGAUCCUCUGCUGGAUUGCCGCGCCCAUCAUGCUGUCCGCGGCCUCGCUCGCGACCUACGCAGUUCUAGAGGGUGGCCUAAGCCCAUCCGUCGCCUUCACCAGCAUCGGCGUCUUUAAGCAGCUCGAGCUGACACUCUCUAUCAUCCCUGAACUGACUACUGACCUCAUCGAUGCCAUCGUCUCCGUCACCCGUAUCGAGGAGUACCUCUCCGCGCCCGAGGUCGCCUCUGACCGCAAGGUCUCGGACACGAUCUCCUUCGAGCACGCCUCUGUCGCCUGGCCCUGCGACGACGACACGGACGAGGCGGACAAGUACGUCCUCCGCGAUAUUGACAUCGCCUUCCCCACCGGUGAGCUGAGCAUUAUCUCCGGAAAAACUGGGUCGGGCAAGACGCUCCUCCUCAGCGCCAUCCUUGGUGAAACCGAUCUCCUUGCCGGAAGCGUGCAUGUUCCUCUCUCUCCUCCGCUUUCCUCCCGCCAUGACGCUGCCGCUACGCGCGACAACUGGAUCAUCCCCUCGUCCAUCGCCUAUGUGGCACAAAUCCCAUGGAUCGAGAAUGCAACUGUCAAGGAGAACAUCCUGUUUGGUCUCCCGCUUGAUGAAGAGCGCUACGCCAAGACGAUCGAUGUGUGCGCACUGCGCGCUGACCUAGCUAUCAUGCCUGACGGCGAGGAGACUGAGAUCGGAUCCCAGGGCAUCAAUCUUAGCGGUGGACAGCGGUGGAGGCUGACAUUUGCGCGAGCGCUAUAUUCGCGUGCGGGCAUACUAUUAUUGGAUGACCUGUUCAGUGCGCUGGAUGCGCAUGUGGGCAGGCAUAUUUUCGAGGAGGCGCUGACGGGAGAGUUGGGCGCGGGACGGACGCGCAUCCUGGUUACCCACCAUGUGGCGCUCUGUCGACCCAGGGCGAAGUAUCUGGUUGAGCUUGGGGAGGGGACGGUGGAUCAUGCGGGGUUGGUGGCGGAGUUGGAGCUGGAGGGGGUUAUGGGGGAGAUUGUGAGCCAUAAUGAGACGAGGGAGGAGGUUGAGGCUGAUGAGGCGUCGACGGCUGUGGUGUCCGACUCGUCGGAUGUGGAUACUAGCCGGGAGCUCCUGACAAGAGACGACACAAAGGCAUCGGCGAAGAAGUUUGUGGAGGAGGAGGGCCGCGAGACGGGCGCGAUUAAGAAGGUCAUCUACCUCGGGUACCUGAAGUCGAGCGGCGGUAUGCCAUUUUGGAGCGUGGCAGCAGUUAUCUUUUCUAUCCUCGAGAUCACGACGCUCGGCCGCUCGUGGAUCCUCAAACUCUGGACUGGCAGCGACGAGAAGCACACCGCACACGCGAUGUUCACCUAUGCUUUCCAGGCUCUGGUGGUCAAGGGCGGCAACGAGGAGUUCCACGAUAAUCUGGUGUACUACCUCGCGUUGUACGUGUCGGUGUCGCUGUUAUCGUGCUUCUUGGGCGUCUUUAAGCACUACUAUAUCUUCUUGGGCAGCAUCCGCGCGUCAAAGAAGCUGUUUGAGGAUAUCACAUACACGGUGCUGAGAACGCCGCUGCGCUGGAUCGAUACCGUCCCCAUUGGACGGGUGCUGAAUCGCUUCACGGCUGAUUUUGUCAUCGUCGAUGCGCGACUGGCGUACGAUUUGAGUUUUGGGAUUAUGGAUGUCUUCUCUGUGAUCGGUAUUGUCAUUGCUGGUCUCUUCGUAUCUUCCUACAUCUUCGUCCUCGCUUUCGUCCUCGCCGCCAUCUGCCUGCACUUUGCCAUGCGCUACCUAGCCGGCGCGCGCGAAGUGAAGCGUCUCGAGAGCAACGCCAAGUCCCCCAUUUUCGAGACCUUCAACGCCGCCCUCGCGGGCGUCGCCACGAUCCGCGGCUUUGACAAGGCAGACGUGUACGUCAAGCGCAUGUACGACCUGAUCGACAGCCACUCGACGACUACCUGGCACCUGUGGCUGUUCAACCGCUGGAUGGGACUCCGGAUGGCGUCCGUGGGCGCGCUGUUCUGCGUCGCGGUAUCCACCACCAUCCUGCUCAUCCCAUCCAUCUCCGCCUCCCUCGGCGGCUUUGCGCUCGCUUUCAGCCUCGAGUACUCCGCUGCCAUCAUGUGGGCGCUCCGCCACUACGCAUCCCUCGAGCUGGACUUCAACUCCGCCGAGCGCGUCAUCGAGUACGCCAACCUCCCCACCGAGACAGAGAAGGGCAUCGACCCGCCUGCCGCAUGGCCCUCCUCCGGCCGCCUCGAGGUCUCCGACCUCGUCGUUGGUUAUGCACCCGACCUGCCUGCCAUCCUAAACGGCCUCUCCUUCUCCAUAGCGCCCAACCAGCGCGUAGGCGUCGUGGGCCGCACCGGAGCGGGUAAGUCCUCUCUCACCCUCGCGCUGUUCCGCUUCCUCGACCCGCGCGCCGGCAAGAUCGUCAUCGAUGGGCUCGACAUCUCGACUGUGAAACUACAAGCCCUCCGCAGCCGCCUCGCUAUCAUCCCCCAGGACCCCGUCCUGUUUUCCGGGACCGUGAGGAGUAAUUUAGAUCCCUUCGACGAGUACGAGGAUGCCGAGCUCCGCGAUGCCCUACAGCGCGUGCACCUCGUCUCCGCGCCUACCUCGUGGGCUGACUCGCAUUCCCCGCCCGCCUCCAGCACGGCAACCAGCACCUCGCAAGGCCAGCAAUCCAACACGAACCCCUUCGCCUCCCUAUCCUCCCCCAUCUCGGAAUCCGGCCUCAACCUCUCCCAGGGGCAACGGCAACUCCUCUGCCUCGCGCGCGCGAUCGUGGCGCGUCCCAAGAUCCUGGUCCUGGACGAGGCGACGAGCGCGGUGGACAUGGGCACCGAUGCGCUCAUCCAGCGGAGUAUUAGGGAGGAGUUCCGCGAUACGACGUUGGUGGUUAUUGCGCAUCGGUUGAGUACGAUUGCGGAUUUUGAUCGGAUUUUGGUGAUGGAUAAGGGGGUGGGGGUGGAGUUUGGGGGGCUGAGGGAGUUGAUGGAGAUUGGAGGGGUGUUUGCGGGGUUGGUGAGGGGGAGUGGUGAGGGGAUUAUUAUUGGGGGGGGGGGAAGAAGGAGUGAGUAA